CCGUCGCCGGAGCGUCUUGUUUUGUUUUGAAGCUUGCGAGUGUUUGCACAAAAUUCCUAACCGGAAGCGAUCAACAGUUACUUUUCCUUUGCUCCUUUUACUCCUUCCGGUAGUACGAAAUUUCAAGAAAAUUUUCAGUGUUCCAAGCCUUAUCCAUGAGGUGCUUUGUACUCGGGUGUAGAAAUGACUUCCACUGCUACAAAUACAGCGGUGAAACACCAAGCAAAUUUUCGGUCCAUAGGUUCCCGAUCGACUUGGAACGUCGGAUGGCCUGGCUGGAAGCGAUUGCCAGGGCCGAGAAUCGAGAGCUAAACAUUGACACCAUAAAUUUCAAAGCAAUCCGUAUAUGUUCCAACCAUUUUCCGGAAAGCGAUUUCAUUCUGGUCAAAGAUCGGACAAUGCUGUGCAAAACGGCCGUUCCUACGUUGUUCGGCGCUGAUGCUGUAGAAAAGGGGCAGCCAUUUUCUACCGAGAGUACCGAGGAUUCGCAAAGCAUUCCGCCACCCGUCCGUAUAAGGAAAAGUCCCAAAGAGGCAGAAACGAAGACCAAGGCGCUGAUUGACGGCGUCUUGGGUUGUGUCCGGAAGCGGGACCAAAAAAAGCCUUCGCAGACUAACACACUGUUCCGGUUGGAGAAGUUUCCUCACGUUUGUCGGUUGUGCCUGAAGGCGCCAAAAACCGAGACGGAGGUGAUGAUUCCACUCGAUGAUACCGACAACAUGAUGGAUGGAAUCAGCGUAGGUCAGUUCAUCUCAGAGAUUCUGCCGGCGGACGCAACUUUGGAGCAGAGCCUUCAACAAUUCCUGCCGAACAAGAUUUGUCUGCCAUGUCUGGAGCUGUUGAAGUUCUUCGCCAAGUUUCGCUGCAAGAUUACGAUCGCCCAUUUGCUCAUGAACUCUUUGGUCGAACUGAAGCAGCACAAAACUUCUCUUCCGCUCGUGGAUCUGUUCAAGACCAAAUCCGACCUAGUAAAGACAGUGAUCACAGAUCUGGGCCUAUGUCGGAGAAGUAGGUACGGAGUUAGAGAUUUGCUGAGGGAAUUUCCUCGCUACGAUCUGGCAUCCUUUCAAGGGUUCGAUACACAAGAGGUGAAAAAUGAAAAGCAAAAUGACAAGGAUAAUUUCUCGGACGGGGAGAAGGAACUGGCCCCUGAAGAGGUGAUUCCAAAGCAAGAAAACGAGAAAGAUCUUGUCGAAGAGCUGGCAGAUUAUCCGGUGGAAUCAAGUAUGAUAUAUGCCGAAGAAUGCACGGUUGAAGAAUUGAACGAACUGACUAAGGUCAAUCCGGAUCUUCUGGUGAUGGAUAGUUCUAAUGAUUAUCCAACAUUUAAGAAGGAAAAACCUCCCGCCAAAUCCAAAUACGGAGGUAAGAAACUGGACCAACCCCUGCAGUGUCCGAAGUGUCGUUACUCAACGCCCUACCAACGUAACUUUGAGACACAUCAAGAAGUGCACAAGAAACGAGAGGCCCGGGUGUACGCGUGUAAGCAUCCCGGUUGUACGGAGGUGUUCAAUACUCGGUCAGAGUAUAAACGCCACGGUCCGAUGGCGCACAAAGCGUAUAUCUGCGACCAUUGCGGAUUAAAAAUGUCUACUCAAUCUGAACUAAAGAAUCAUUUGGCUCGCCAUCUACAUAAGUUAGAGCACCCGUGUCCCUACUGUGAGCGGAGACACAACACGAAAAUGGACCUCCGAAACCACAUCCGGUAUAUGCACUUGUCUCGCGUUGGUUACCAGUGUAAAAUUUGCCAGAUGUCCUUCUCUAGGAAGUACAUCAUGCAGGAGCAUAUGGCCACGCACAGUAACUCCUAUGCUUACCCCUGUACCUUGUGCGACAAAAAGUUCAACGUCAAAAAAUAUCUCAAAUCCCACAUCAGCACUGUACACGAAAGAAACCGGCUGCCUUGUCGCUAUUGCUCCGUUACCUACGAUCGCAAUUACAAACUGAACAAUCACAUCGAAAGCGCCCACGGGAUUCAAGUUAGGUUCGUGUGCGACGUUUGCGUGAUGACAUACAACAGCCAGGACAAGCUGGACGUCCAUAUGGCCCGGCACAACCAACCGCACGAGAUGGAAUGUGGAAGGUGCUUGACUGCGUUCACUUCCAAGGACUUGCUCAACAGUCAUCCGUGCAUCACGUACAGGUAG